UGGCUAAGUAAUGGCCCUCAAAACGCAAGAACGACGGAUUCGGCGCUGGCUAAGAAGCAGCAUCACAAGCGCUAUCAACAGCCCUUCGUAGACGCUUAACCAACUACUCUGCGCAACCUGUCUAUACUUAGGUGGCUUUACCUCUUGCUGAACGUCUAACUACAACGCAACAACAUAAAACCAUUCCUUGCGCGAGACGUUCAGGCGUCUUUCCCACGACGACGAAAUUGCGGACGCUCUCAGCAGGCCUCCACUGACAGCAGCAACAGCAGCAACACCCCCAGCCAAAAAGCAUAAUGGCGGACAUGAUGCUCCAGCACUCGCCAGCAAGGCCGCUUAGCCGGAAACGGAGAGCAAACGACGACAUUCAGCCCUCCGGCUUUAUCGACCCGUCCAGCCCGUUCGCUUCACCAAAACGAAUGAGGAGCGGUGGAGUGAACCCCGAGCUACUGCAACGCCUACAGGAAGCCCAUACAUCCUCCCUCUCGCAACCGCCAAUAAGGAAACUCCUCUCCAUGCUGCCGAACGACCAGCUGGCUGGAAUUAUUUGCUCCCUAGUCGAACGACACCCGCAGCAGCAUUCCGAAGUCCUUGGUUUAAUACCCCGACCCUCUUUGACCACUGCGAGCUCCUUGCUCGAAAGAUCACAAAAGGCUCUGAUAGACGCUUUCCCAUACCACAAAGACGGACCAUCAACUACGAGUUACUCUUUCCACCGCGUACGACCGCAAUUGGAAGAGCUGAAGGAAGUCCUGCUGUACUUCCUCGAUUUCUUCGUCCUGCCAAACGCAUAUCCGAUCGAGUUUCAACACGAAUACCCCGCAAGCUCGUUCGGCUACCUGGACAUCGCGACAACGCUUGUGCACAGACUUCCAGUCUGGCAAGACCCAGCUCACGACGACGUGGCACGAGGUCAUCUGUACAGAAGAUUGGGGCAGGGCUGGAGGAUGGCUGUGUCGGAGGUGGCCCGAAGGACGAGGGAGGGGAAGAUCUUUGGCGCCACCCCGGUUGCGGAGUGGGCGAAGAAUCUGCACAAGCAUUCUACGGAGGUUCAAGGGCAGUACGGGUUCAACGAGGCUUUCAUAGAGUUCAAAGCGUCGCUUGGGUGGGCAAUGGGCAUGGACGCUGCCGGGCAGGUGGCUUGACAAAAUCCGUGAUGGGUUCACACCAUCCUGUGUGAGUUUGUCCUUCCUUCCCUGUGGGACGGGCCACUGUAGAGCUGCCAACCUCUUGUUAAGCUGUUCAAUGUCAGUCUUCCGUUUCCCCAAAUUUUGUACGUCUAUUUAUCUCGGAGAAAACCAUUUUCGGGCUUGAUCAUACCCCUCAUACUUCGAAACAUAGUUGUUCUUGGUUUCUUUAUGCGAGAUUCAUAUGAACUUUCCAUUGGGCACCAAAAAUCUGGUUUUGCUUUACAUACUGGGAUGGAAAACAGUGGGACAGCGAGAUAGGACGUGAGGACAAUGUA